AUGUUUGCCUUUGCGCAGGUUGGGCUGAGGAAAGGCUCUCGCUCUUUUGGCGAAGUGCGUGCUGCUGGAUUUAGUGAGGAGAAUGGAACCCUGGGUGACAUUUGGGAAACUGUUUCAGGCAAUGAUCUUUUGUUGCUAUUGAUUUCUGAUGCCGCACAGGCAGAUAAUUACGAGAAAAUCUUUUCUCACAUGAAACCAAACAGCAUCCUUGGGCUUUCUCAUGGCUUUCUUCUUGGACAUCUACAGUCUUCGGGGCUUGAUUUCCCCAAGAACAUUAGUGUGAUUGCUGUAUGCCCCAAGGGAAUGGGUCCAUCUGUGAGGAGAUUGUGCGUUCAGGGCAAGGAGAUAAGUGGUGCAGGAAUCAAUUCUAGCUUUGCUGUCCACCAGGAUGUUGAUGGUAGAGCUACAAACGUGGCCCUUGGAUGGUCAGUUGCUCUUGGUUCUCCAUUUACAUUUGCCACUAAAUUGGAGCAAUAGUGCAAGAGUGACAUUUUUGGGGAGCGUG